UAUUUACAUCAAUAACAAACCAUUUCUACUUUCAAAAUCUCUAGAUAUUAUUUCCAUGGCUGCUCGGUUCGGAUUCUUCACUUGGACAAUUAGUCUGCUGAUUAUUCUCGGCUCAAAUGCUUUUACUACAAGCACAAGUGAGGUAGAGGAGACGCUGCAAUUCACAUACUCUGGAGCAACGGGGCCAGACAAGUGGGCGAGUUUGAAUCCCAACUUCUCCCUCUGCGCAACUGGGAAACUGCAGUCGCCCAUUAACAUCGUCUCGGCCAGAGCUGUUCGAAACAGCAAGUGGAAGCCUCUCAUAAGAAAUUACCGAGCUGUGAAUGUCACUUUGGUCGAUAAUAAGUUCACCGUUGCAAUUGAGUACCCUGAUGAUUCAGGAGAGAUAAGUCUGGAUGAGAAGCAGUAUAGGUUGAAGCAAAUGCACUGGCAUUCGCCAUCUGAGCAUAGAGUCAAUGGAAACAGGUUUGCGGCAGAGCUUCACAUGGUGCAUGUAUCUGACGAUGGCAAAGUGUUAGUAGUAGCCACCCUUUUCCAGCUUGGACGGCCUGAUCCAGUUCUUCAAACGAUAGACAAGAAACUGUAUGAACUGGGGAGUGAGUACAGAAGCAGCGAGGCGACAGCGCCAAUACAAGUAGGAGUAUUCCAUCCGGCAGAAUUAAGGACAAGUCUGAGGAAAUACUACAAAUACACAGGGUCUUCGAGUGUUCCUCCUUGCACCGAGCAUCUCAUCUAUCUUGUUAUCGCUAAGCCGAGAUAUAUAUCUAAACAACAAGUAGCAGCUCUCAAAGCUCCACUCGACAUCAGAUGCAAGAACAACGCCAGGCCUUGUCAGCCACUCAAUGCACGACACGUCCAUCUUUACCAGGAUUAAUACUCACAUCUUCUAUUAUGUACUUAUAUUAAACAUGUCGCUACUAAUAGUAAUAUUAGUACUAUUUCUUUAUUUAGAAAGCACUGAUUGUCAUUGUCUUGUGAUAUAACGGUUAAUGCUAUGCGGCCCAGAAAGAAACGAAUUCUUUGUGCUUGAUUGGAUGGAAUUCGUUUUAAUUGGGCUGGUCACGGGCAAAGCCUAAUAGACUAAAUUCAGUGUUUAAGAGAGUAAGCAAAUAAUUUUGUCACAUUUUUAUGAUAAUUUUGCAAUUUUGCUGACCAA